CCCAGUGAGUCCAUGCUCACUAUCAAAUUGUUUUUAGUCAAGUGUGGAUUAUAUACAAGAAAUCAGUUUUGUUGUUGAAUUAAGCUGAGACAAUAAUGGGGUUAAUAUUGUUAUCUCAGCUUAACCCAACCUAUACUAACAACUUCAAAGCCUUUUUCAGAUUGUUAUUCUAAUGACUCCCCAUGUGCUGAUCUUGAAGUACAUUCUGCAUCCAUGCUUUUAAUAUUCAACCCUAUUCCCUCUAAGUGCCAACUUGUCUGCUUCCAGGUGGCCAGAGGAUCACAACAUGCCAAGCUUCCUGCUGCAUGGGCCCCCACUAAGGCUGUGCAUGGGACUUGUCUGUGUCCUGUCCCUCGGGAACACAGUGUCUGGCGUUAAGGGAGAAUCCAAGAAAGAAAAAGGAAUGACCUUCCUACCUAUAACAGUGUCUGGAAACAGAGGCAUUAAUAAGGAGAAAGAUGGGGCUCUCCCAGGAGCAACAGUGUCUGUCCUUAGAAGAGAAGAGAGAAAGGAAAAGGGGGUGGCAUUUCUCGCUAACACCGAGGUCCCUGCCAGGUCUGUGGAUCUGUCGGCGCUGAACCUGACGGAGCUCGUGAACGGGAUGCUGAGCAGAGCUUUAAAAGACAGCAAGAAGUUCUUCUCCUUGCUGAGCAUCACCUCCUACAGCUCCUUCGCCUUCCACAAGUUCUCAGUGGCCAUUUACAACAUUUCUAACCUGAAGACAGUGGACGCGGCCCGAUUCCCCACGAGGUACUGCUACUGCUUAAACAACCGCACCAAUGACUUAUCAGAUUUCACAGCCCUCCUGGUGGACAUCAUUGGAAAUUCUACCAGCUACCUCACGGAGAUCUUUAAGUCAACCUCCAUCCUCUCAGUGAGUCAGACCAAUGAAUCCGACUGCCUCUUCAUCUGCGUGAUGGCAGGAGAGUCAGGGCGGAAUCUCUCUGACUUCUGGGAGAUGGUGGAGAAAUCCCCUGUGAUCAACUACACGUUUACCAGCAGCCUGUCUGGAGUUCUGGGUGCUGCAGCUACCAGGGAAGCAGCUGGGAUUUCAGAGGCCACAACCCAAAGCCAGCAAGGCCUGCCAAGGACAGGCCCCCCACGCUGGGCCCACAGCACACACCCGGCUUCUGCCCUGAGCGCCUCCCCGCCCAGGGAGACAACUGCUCCUUCAGAGGGAGAGGCAACAGGGAGCACAGGCAGGCUCCCUGGGCCUCCUGCAGGGACCACGGCCACAGCCAGCAGGGCCUCUGGCAGUCCCCCAGGCUCAGCUACCAGGACAGUGGCUGGAACACAAUGGGUGACAACCAACAGACAGACCUGGGCUCCCACACUGUCCACGCCCAGGGCUCAGACCCAGGAUGAGACAACACCUGGGGGUCCCCCCUGGGAGACAGCCUCCUCCACACCCACAUCUGCCCAAGCUGCAGGGAGCCUCCCGGGUCCUACUGGGGCCAUGUCCACGCCCAGCAGCCCAGCUCAGCCCAGCGCCACCUCAGGAACAGUCACCCCUGGCACACAGACGCCAAGGCCAACCAAGGCACCAGCCCCCAAGGACCCACAGACAGGUGAUGUCCCUGCAGAGUGGCCAUUUGCUCCUGGAGAAGAACCAGCCCUAAUCCCAGUACCCCAUCAAGUCUCAAGGUGUCCGCAGCCACUCCUCAAACAGGGGGCCAUGACGGCUGCCCCUCUCACCCUGGCCACCCAGAAGCUCAACCCUUGCCUGAUGGAAUUGUGCCGCUUCUUCCAGCAAUGCCUCUGUGUGAGCCAGAGGAACCCCAGGACAGAGACCAUGAGGUACUGUCUGGAGUAUUACUCCUGGUUUCUGAAGAAUGCAACAUUUAUCUGCCAGAGGGUGAAAAGGGUGUCGUCCUCACACACCUUAAAGCAAAAGUGCCUCGAGAGUAUCUGCGAGUCAGUGUGAGAACCUGCCCGUCUUCAGGCCGAGACCUUCACCCAGCCUGGCCACGUCUGCAGAGCUCUCAGGCUCCAGCAAGAUCACCCAUGCAUUGAAUGUGGUUCUUUGGAGAAGUGACACUUUUUCUCCCCUGCAAACUGGUGUCAGGUAGUCAAGGUGGAGGCCUCGUGACUAAUGCUGUCAUGACAGACCCACCUGCCAGCCUCCAAGGGAUGGAAACUUAAUGUCUGUGCCCCAGAAGCUCCUGUGACGCUCUCAACCACCCGGAUAGCUGGAAAGCUGACGGAGAGGCUCCGAGCACACAGGCCCAGCCUGAGCUGACACAACGCCUGAGCUGACCUAAAUGGAGGACAUUGGGAAGACAGAAAAAUUACAAACUGAGAAAGACUGAAACCAUAUCCCGGAGAGAGUCACAUACGAUCUUGCUAAAUUGUUAACUAAAAUUUAGUUCCUUAUAACUAAGCAGGCUUGCAGUACUGUGGAAUCUACAUGAUCUCCACGUUCCUAAAUAGGAGAUGGUGAGAACCUACAAAAGGAGGCGUUGUAGGGCAUUUUUUCAAUUGCCAUCUUAUCCUGAUUCCUCCUCUGUGUGCCCCUCUGUAUCUGGGAGUUCCCAA